GUGCCCAUCAUGAAGAUCACAAUGGGGGCGAUGAUGGUGAUGAUGAUUGGUGCGGUGGCAGGUGAUUCUAACGGCGUUUACAGCCCAUGUGAGGAUGCCAAAGUGCAGAAAUCCGAUGGAUUUACGAUCGGUCUUGCGUUUUCAAAGAAGGAAUCCUUCUCGUUUCAAAAUGUUCAGCUUUCUCCUUGUGAUAGUCGUCUUGGUUUAGCCAAAAAGGGUGCCAAAUUAGCUGUUUUCAGGCCGAAGGUCGAUGAGAUUUCUCUUCUUACCAUCAACGGCAACACCACAGUAAGUUCUUUCCUUGAAGCUGGUGGAUACAUGGUAGCAUUUGCAGGAAGGAAAUAUGCAGCCAGAUCAUUGCCAAUAAUGGUUGCCGAUGCCAAUUACACCAUAACCCGUUUCACUCUGGUUAUGGAAUUCAAACAAGGUACUCUACAGAAUCUAUACUGGAAAAGUUCGGGCUGUGAUUCAUGUUCAGGGAAAUCAGCUACAUGCCUGAACAAACAAGAUUGUGCCAGACCGACCCCAAAAUGUGGGCAAAACGGGUGCAGUUUGGGCAUACAGUCGGCAUUUUCAGGGACAGACAAGAACCUUGAAGUCCUCAAUUCAUGGUAUGAAGUCAGUAAACUCCGACAACAAUCGCUCAUUGAUCUCUACUCGGAUCUGCGCGACAAGUUUUUCUACGAGAUGACUCUAUAACUGGUUUAUGUUUGGACUGGCGAGCUAACCAGGCCGAGUUGAUAGCGACUCAAAAUUAUGGCUUUGCUUUACGUCGUAAACUGAUAUGGGAUUUGGC